AUGUUGACUCUUAGUUCCUUUGUUUGUAGCGAUGCACAAAGAAUUUCAUUCGAGGUAAUUAAAACAGAAGACACGAAUUCGUUGAUCGACCGAUACGAAAAAAAGCCGUUGGAAGCAGACUACACUUUAGAUGAUUCCUUCUGGAACGAAGAAACUUCCGUUGGUGAGGCCGAACGAUUACUACAAGAGUAUCGACAAAACCAAGAGCUAGUACAAAAUAUCGGGGCCCAUUACUAUCAGAUCAUCUAUCCAGUACAGUUACGGCAUCACGAGAAAAUGGGGAUAUCCACAAGAGAAGUGAGCGUAUCCAAGUUUCCUCAAAGAGGAUACGGAGAGGGUGGAUAUCAGAAUGUUAAAGGCAGAAUGAGAACGGGGAGACAUUUUCAUCGGACGUCCCUCUUGAUCAAGGCCUUUAAUCAUAAAUUUCGCCUAGAUUUAGAAUUAAAUACGCAACUUUUAGCUCCGAAUCUUGUGCAAAAAGACUUUUUAACCGUCGGUGCGGAACAAACUUCUAAACAGGAGAUAGAGCACUGUUACUAUCACGGUACCGUGAGGGAUUAUCCAGGAGCUAGCGCUGCUUUUCACACGUGUAACGGUGUCAGCGGUGUCAUUCAUUUAGGCAACGAGACAUUUGUCAUUCAUCCAUUUUACGGCGGCGAUUUGUCGCAGAAACAUCCUCACGUUAUAUUUGAAGCUCGAACAAAGGCUAACAAAGGCUGCGCUAACUCGGGAAAUCUUGAGUGGCGUGUAAAGAACCGCCGGCAGAAACAUGUUCUGGGGCUAUCGGAGACCACUUCCGAUCGAUACAAGAGAGACGUCCGUGAAACAACCAAAUACAUCGAAACUGCCAUCAUUAUCGAUAAGGCUAUGUUCGAGAAGAGGAACGGUAGCACCAGAGCGGAGGUUGUUCACGAUGCCAUCCAAGUCGCUAAUAUCGCGGAUAUGUAUUUCCGCACGUUAAAUACUAGAGUCUCCGUCAUAUACAUCGAAACCUGGCAGGGCAUAAACCAGGCGGAAAUCGCGACGGGCAUGGAUAUCGAUCUCGCUUUGCUCAAUUUAAACGAUUACAUGAUGCGAACGAUGUUCCGUGUUCCUCGUGAUACCACUCAAUUACUCACGGGUGAAACGUUCGCCGGUGGAGAAUCAGGGGUUGCCAUACCUUCGACUAUCUGCAAACAAAAAUCCGUAGGAAUUAGCGUCGAUUUGAAUACAUACGAGCCUCAUCUUUUAGCCGGUACUAUGGCUCACAUGAUCGGCCACAAUAUAGGAAUGAGCCAUGACGAUGGAAGGAGCGAAUGUAUCUGCCGCGAAUGGCACGGAUGCAUCAUGGCUCAAUCGAUCGUUGGAUUGGAGAACGUACAGCCGUACACGUUUUCCGAAUGUAGUAAAACAGAUUACAUAGAGGUGUUAAGAAGCGGAAACGGCUUUUGUCUUUUAAAUAAACCAAACGAGGUCGAAGUGAGGAGAUCUUGCGGAAACAGGGUAAUCGACGAGGGAGAGCAAUGUGAUUGCGGAUCGAUCGAGGAGUGUCACGAGUACGACCCCUGCUGCGAUCCGAUCACCUGCAGACUCACCUCCGAAGCGCAAUGCGCGACCGGCCCUUGCUGCAGCGAUUGUAAGCUGCUCGCGCGUGGCGUCGUGUGCCGGGAAUCGACCAACGAAUGCGAUCUUCCGGAAGUGUGCACAGGCGAGACCGGCCAAUGCCCGACGGACGUCUACAAGAAGAACGGAAAUCCUUGCUCCAACAACGAUGGAUAUUGUUAUAACGGUGUCUGCCCGGCGUUGAAUCUUCAAUGCGAGCAGAUAUGGGGAUACGGUGGCGUUGCCGCGGACCAACAGUGCUUCGAGCAAUUCAAUUCCAAGGGAUCGCUGAGCGGACACUGUGGCACUGACUCCUCCGGUCAUUACAUCAAAUGCGAGCUAGAGAACGUUCGUUGCGGAUCGUUACAGUGUCAACAAGGUAGAAAACUGCCAACGAUAAUAGGAAUAGAUCAUUCUAGAACUAUAAUCUCGAUAAAAGGCGAGGAAUACGAAUGCAAAUCCACGACUGGAAAGGUGGAAGGAUCCGAAAUGCCAGGCAUGGGAUUGGUUCGCGAUGGAACAUCCUGCGGGGACAACUUGAUUUGCGUGAACCAAACGUGCAUGAGCCUUUAUCCGCUCAUAGGCAACGAACGGUGUCCUAGCAAUCACAACAAUCACGAGUGCUCGGGAAAUGGAGUGUGCACGAAUUUGAACAACUGCUAUUGCAACGUUGGAUGGAGUGGACCAGAUUGCUCCAUAGAGCAGGAUAUCCCGACUCAUCCGCCGAUAACGUCUAGCACCGAAGCGGCCGGUAAAAAUGGUACAGAUACUAAAUUAGUGAAAAAAGAGACCCCCUACGAGAACUACCACGGCUCUAACACUGUAUUUUUAGUUGGUGUGCUCAUGUCGGUGGUAGGGGGUGUUUUCAUAGUAUUUGCUCUGAUGGCUCUCUGCUACAGGUCAGUCGUAGUACAUAAAAACUACUCCCUCUGUCUCAGAAGGAAGAGCACCGUCCAGAAGUACGACCAGCCGUACGUGAAGAAACCACCGCAGAGGGGUUACAGCGGCGUAUCCGGGAACCAUCACCCGGGACACGCCGUACUGGACAACGUGAACAACAAGAUCCUCACCUUCAGCAGUAUGCCUAAUUGCAGCCGCGGCGAGACCCAGCGCGUGGUGUUUCGACCCCCGAAUAACGUCGCCACCGCAGACGGGCCAAGAGUCAAGGAGCAUAAGUCGCAGGUGAAGAGGCCAGGUAUGAGCGAGGAAGAUGGAGAUACAGGAGCGGACGAGGUUGUCUCUUUCAUCGAUUUGCCGAACAACCUCACAAAGUUGCCCGAGAAAGGAAUUUUAAAGAAACACGGUGGUUAUGGUAUGGGAGGAGGGGCGGUAGCCAGCGUGGAACGCACUUUGGAUCAACUGAACGGUUACCACGAGCAUAUUAUCGAGGCGUUGAGGAUGGCCGCGAAUCAACGCGAGACAUCUGGAACAACAUCCGCUCCAAUGGACGACGAGGCCUUGACGGAACCUCUGACCGAAUUAUUAACGGAACCUCUGCCAGAAUGUUAUCCCACGGAUUCGUAUCGCAAAGACAUCAUAAAGCAUAUCGACAGCCAAGCGGAGGAGGAGUACGAGGAAUACGUGCCGUCUUGCGGUGUGAUUCGUAUACGAAAUUUGGAGGAUUUGAUCAAACAGCUGGAACGGCACUCGGCGCGUAACAGAAGUCCAAGCGGAUCCGAGGACAUGAGGAUGUCCGAGAGCGAGGCAGAUCGUCCCUACAGAAAAGAUUCGUCCGUUUGUAGCGAGUCUUCCCAAGGAAGCAGAAGAUGUAGCCGCGGCCGUGACGAUACCUACGGUAGAUAUUGUCAACCAUCGUCUCGAAGUCCUUACGGGACCCAUCAGCACACUCAACACUCCCAUCAAAUGUACAAGGAGGAGGGUAUCUAUGCAACUGCCGACCCUGACAGAGGCUCAAAUACUAGGGGUGAAACGCCCGAUAGUGAAAGUGAUGCAUUUAUUCAAGCUCAACAACUAGCCCGACGGACUAGUGAGGACGGAGUGCAACACCGGCCACCACAGCAGCCGCCGCCGCCGCCGCCACCGCCGCAGCCGUCGUCACAACAACAACAUCAACGUCAACAACAACAACAACAACAGCAGCAGCAGCAACAACAGCAGCAACAACAACAACAACAACAACAACAACACCAACUGCCGGUGGAACAACUGCCAAUACAGCAGCGCGGCUACUAUCCAUCCCCACCCUACACUGAUAACGGUCUCGAAAACGACGAGACUGAAAAUGCUCAAUCCCACCAACAACAAAAGCUCCCCGACGUUCGUGGAAUCGAUGUUAAUCACUUGCCUAAUAUUAACAAAUGCCCACUAGACGAUAAUUUUAGUCUAGAUUGUAACAUAAAUAAUGGUUCCCCUAAAGAAUUAAAUACCAACAACACUAGUGAUAACGAAAAUACUGCCCUACUGCCCCCUUCGCAUUUUCCUGAGUACAAGCAUUGAUAAUUAUUAAUCGAUGACAGAUAGUGUCCAUAAAACAUAGUGGUGUGAUUUAAUCUUGAACUCGCAUUUUAUACUGAAUAGUGUAAAUAACGAUAAACUAUUGAUCGCAACAUCAACAACAACAAAAACAACGUCAAACAGGUAUUAAAUUAUAUGAAUUAAAAUAAUCUAUAUGAAAUGUUUAUUAAUAAACAUUAGUAAAGCGAUUUACUCGAAGAAA